UUCUUCUAAAGAUGGAAUAGCCCGAAGAGCUUAUCAGCAGCACACAAACUUCUUCCAAUGACUUAAGCAAAAGACAUUUCUUACAAUGCAAAUACAUGCUGUACUCUACGCUAUACUAAUGAUCCCUACAAGCAUUGGAUCUAUACUUGCAAACAUACUGCUGCUUCUUAUAUUUGCCUACAACCUGAAACUGCAGACAGAAACGUCAGCAUUGACCUUAAACUUUUGCAUCUGUGAUUUACUCUUGGGGCUCACUGUGAUUCCUUUUGGUGUCCAUAACAGCCUUUUUGGGAUUACAAACUAUACCAAGGACAGUUUUGUUUGCCAGUCCACAGCUUUUUUUUAUAUGCUGCUGCAGCUUGCUUCAGUCCAUUCACUCACUUGGUCCACAAUAGACAAAUUUACUGAAAUCUGCUUUCCUUUGCAUUCUGCUCAACUCUUCACAAAGAAGCGGACUUGGGCAAUACUUUGCCUUCUGUGGAUUUACUGCUUAAUAAAUGCUUCUUUCCCUUUCCUGGGGUUUGGAUCCUACAAAUAUGGUGAAAGGAAGUUUAUUUGCGCUCCAAACCUACAACAAUCUUCCAAGGGUUAUGGUGUAGUGCUGAUAGCCAUUGGAGUCAUCAUUCCAAUACUGAUAAUGUGCUCUCUGUACAUUUAUAUUGUUAAAAUUGCAAGGAACCAAGCACUGCGUGGGACAUUUGCGUGCAAUGAUCAGCACUGUUACUAUGUACCUGCAAACAAUUAUUUCAGGAGAACUAUUGUGCUGAUUUCAACUGCAAUGUGUCUUCUGGUUUGUUGGAUGCCUUACAUUACUAUUAGUUUCUAUGAAAUGUUCACUGGGAACAACAUUGCUCCUCUGACAGAAGUGAUCGCCACAUGGCUAGUACUAUUUACAUCAGCAUUAAACCCGUGGGUCACCAUUAUGUCACAAAAGACCAAGAUGAAAAGACAAGAGCAGUGACAGAUACAUCCACAGCCACUACCCAUCAAUACCUUCCUCUGGAUUAACAACGGGUGC